GCCAGAUUCAUUUCAUUGGAUCCAAUCACAAACAAUAUUCAAAUCCCACUUUUGAUGCACAGAUACGAAUACAAUCAGCUCAAUACAAAAUAUUAGACAUUAUUAUUAUUGUUAUGGCUUCUCAUCAAAGCCAUCAAGACUCAACAUUAUUUGUGAAGAAAACAUCAGAUCAAGAACCCCUCCCAAGCAAAGUUGCUCAAAGCACUGUGACACAUAUAUACCAAGCCAACAUAGGAAGGUCGUGGCGAAACGUGAGCAUGUUAUGGUGCAAAACCCUAAUGAGCCAUACAUUACACCUUACAAUUGACAGCACAAUAGGAAGCAAACUUCACUAUACUUGCAAGAUCGACGUGAAGCCAUGGAACUUUUGGAGCAGAAAAGGGUACAAAUCCUUGGAUGUGGAUGGCCACGAGAUUGAAGUCUACUGGGACUUCCGGUCAGCCAAGUUCUAUGGCGGAAGCCCGGAGCCGACGAGUGACUACUAUGUAGCCGCUGUAUUCGAGGACGAGGUGCCGUUAUUUGUGGGGGACAACAAGAAGAAAGCAUACAAGAGAACGAAAUCUAAACCAGCCCAGAUUGAGGCCAUGCAAGUUGUAAAGAAAGAAAAUGUGUUCGCCAAGAAAACCUUCAUUACGAGAGCGAGGUUUGAUGAGAAGAUGGCGGCGGCGACAAGAGAUAGCGAAAUUAUUGUGGAGAGCAUCACGAGUAGCGGUGCAAGUGAACCAGAAAUGUCGAUAUUCAUAGAAGGGGUAAAGUUGAUACAUGUGAAGAAUCUACAAUGGAAGUUUCGAGGGAACGAGACAGUGAUGAUGAAUAAAGAGAAAUCUAUUCAAGUGUUCUGGGAUGUGCAUGAUUGGUUGUUUAGUGGGUCUGAUCAGUCAGGUGGAUCAGGGCCUGGUGUGUUUAUAUUCAAGCCAGGACAUGCAGAAGCAGAAGAAUCAGAGACAAGUGAUAGAGAAGGUUGUGACAAUGAAGAUGGUAAUUCUUCUGUGUAUUAUUCAACUAGAAAUACCUCCGAAUUUUGCCUUGUUCUUUGUGCCUACAAAUUAGAUUAA